CGCCGCUGUCUGUCAGUUUUCAAGCGUUUCUCUGCUUCCUUGUCGCUGAGCGAUGUUUUGAAGGGGAAAUGGAUUCAGAAUUCUUUGAUGGGGACGGAAAGGGGAAGUAAAUAAUUGAAAAGUGUUUUAAACCUGGCAAUAUACAUUAAGCGACUAUCAACCAACGUCCAUGCGUUUCCUUGCUACUGAUCAAAUUCGACUGGAUAACCUCCUGGAUUCCUAAGACUGAAGUUUGAAUCCUGUCCACUCCUGUCUUUGUUAACGUACAGUAACGUUAGUCGCACAGGGGACGUCCGUAAUAAAGUAACAGAAUAGAUGACAGCACCAUUGACACGUAUAGCUUAAAAUUUGAAUGACUUCAUGUUUACAAGUCUUUACUGUUCUGAUAAAUUUCUGGCUAACGUUACCAGGCGAUGGAAAGCAGAGGGUCACAGUCGGGUUUGUGCGAACAAAGGAUAUGUUAACCUGAUCGAAGCGGAUCAAUGUGUAUAUUUUCAUCAAUAACGCGUUUUCCAAAAGAGGAAAUACUGGACUUGAUAUCUAGAAGUGGCCAUUAAUGUGGCUAGAGUUAGAAAAUCACACGGAAGAAGAUGGCAGCAACUAAAGGCAAAGCUGGACUAAAUAAUGAAAGCAGUUCUGGUCGGGAUAGUGGCAGGACCGACGCAGGCAGUCCCACGGUAUCCGCAGGGGCCCCUUCCCUGACCACCAACAGGACCUACACACUAGAUGACCUGGACACCAUCGCCACUGUUGGUACAGGAACCUUUGGAAGGGUUUUUCUGGCGAAGGAUAAAAAGACAAGAGGUUUUUUUGCUCUGAAGGCGAUGAAAAUCCCAGAUGUAAUUCGUCUGAAACAGGAGCAACACGUGCAUAAUGAGAAAGAGGUUCUGACGGAGGUGAACCAUCCGUUUCUUGUCAGACUGUUCUGGACGCACCAUGAUGAUCGUUUUCUGUACAUGUUGAUGGAAUAUGUGAAUGGCGGUGAACUUUUCAGCUAUUUACGCAACCGAGGACGUUUCAGCAACAACACAGGAAUGUUUUAUUCAGCUGAAAUCGUCUGUGCCAUUGAAUACCUUCACUCCAAAGAAAUUGUCUACAGAGACCUAAAACCAGAGAAUAUACUGUUGGACAAUGAGGGGCAUAUUCGAUUGACAGAUUUCGGUUUCGCUAAAAAGCUCUCUGAAAGGACAUGGACUCUAUGUGGUACUCCUGAGUAUUUGGCUCCAGAAGUGAUUCAAAGUAAAGGUCACGGGCGAGCCGUGGACUGGUGGGCUUUGGGUGUUCUCAUCUUUGAAAUGCUUGCAGGACAUCCACCAUUUUUUGAUGAUAAUCCCUUUGGCAUCUACCAGAAGAUCCUGUCCGGAAAGCUGGAGUUUCCACGGCAUCUGGAUUUCUAUGUAAAGGACCUCAUCAAGAAGUUUCUGGUGAAUGAUCGGGCAAGAAGGCUUGGAAACAUGAAGAAUGGAGCUGAUGAUGUGAAGAAACACAGAUGGUUUAAGUCAGUAGACUGGGAUUCUGUACCCUGUAAAAAACUCAAGCCACCCAUAGUUCCCAAGGUAUCUCACGAGGGUGACACGUCUAACUUUGACACCUAUCCAGAGGAUGAGUGGAAGAAGGACACACCAGUACCAGCUAAGGAUCUGGAAAUUUUCAAGAACUUCUGAAAAACAUAUUCUUUUUAAUGAAUAAAAAGAAAAGGACUGGUAGAAGAUAAUGAUUUAGAGUUUUAACCUAAACAAUCAGGGGACAUUGAAAGGUCAUCGUUGCAUUAUUAUAGGCAUGUCCUGCACACUUGAGAAACCCAAACAGAAUUCUUCUGAUCAUUGUCAACAUAAUCAUGGUCAAACAUUUACAGAGGAAACAGUUCAUCACUUCAGCAUCAUCUGUUAAGUGAUGAGCAACUUGAUUCAACACCCUCUUAUAUUAUGCAAAAUGUAUGUUUUUAAAGAGUUUAAAUAAGCAGUAUCAAGGUUCUUUUUGCUGGAUCAAAACAAUGGCUUCGCUUAUGCCUAAACAUGCCUGGUCAUGUUUGUGUUAUGGCUUUAUAUCUUAAAAGCUUGCUGAAUUAGAGCUUUAGCCUGACAAAUUUAGUUUCUGGUUAUCUGAACUUACUGUGUUGAUCCUUUCCUCCCACAUUAUAUUGCUUUAUUCAUUUCGUAACACCGGGCCUGUUUCACACUGCACUCUCGAGCAGGCAUGUAAACAAAGCAGAAGCGUAACUGCAACAUUAUGCUUUUAUACUGGCAGCAUUUUUCCGGCUUAACAACAUAGCCAGUCUUUAAAAAAAAAAAAAAAAUGCAUAGUCAAUGUAAAUGACAACAAUGCAUUUUAAAUGGUAAUU